AUGAUACUCGCAAUGUCUACGUUUUUAGUGUCUGCAUCUGAAUUUUCAAAUUUUUUUUCUAUAUUUGCGACAUUAGUAUUUUUUCGGCUUCACGAAGACAUUGUUUUUGGAAAUGGAAUGCAUCAACGACAAAUACCUAGAAUGAAAAUGAUGAAAAUAACAAUUCCGUUUAUACUGAAGCUGGAUGAAACUUCAAAAUCUUCCGAUUCUAUCAAUUGCACAAUCACAAGUCAAAUCACGUAUACCAUCCGGGCAUUUUGGGGUGUUUCUAUUAGAGAACUACAUAUGUUUUUGUGGAAACCUUGGAGUUUAAUUCAAAAAAGUGUUGCAUCUGGUGAUAUGCUGUCAGGUUUUUAUCAAUUAGGAGGUUUGGAAUUGACAAGUGAUCCACACAAAGAAAAAGUGUUCUCAUUGAAUUUUCCUACACCUCCGCUAGAUUUAGGUACGCCACCCAGAUUGUGUUACCCACUUGUCAUAUUUAUCGUCAGGAAUGAUUCGCAAGUUUCACUUCAUCCUGAUGAAACAGUUGCUCUUGUAAAUGUUGUACAUAUAAAAGAUUCAGUUUGUACUCUUCCCACUAGUAUAUUAGCUCAAUAUCUUAAACAAGCCAAUGGACAAUUAUCAUGUUUAAAGCAAUUAUAUUUAGCUGCUGGAAAUAAUAUAAAUGGCGAAGAGACGACGACUACAAAUUCUUCCAUGAACAAUACGACACCAACUUAUGAUAAAGAUGAUGUAUCAGUUUGGGCUGUUGCCGGAGAACAGCUAUGUGUAGUUUGUCAAUAUUUUCCUUUGUCCAGGGCUCUACUGCCUUGUCGACACACAUGCGUAUGCUCCGUUUGUUUUGAAAAAUUAGAUAGGUGUCCAAUGUGCAGAAGUCCAUUUAAUUCGUAUUUUACAAUAAGAAACGAAGACUAUUCUCCAGGGGAAACCAUGGCUCCAGAUCUGAAGCCUACAUUGUUGAAUUGGUUAUUAAAUUGGAAUGAUCGUUUAAAUAAUCUUUUAGGAUAUCAGUGA